AUGACUACUAUCACGGAGGCACCUACACCCAACCCCAAUUCGGCCGCUGACCAGCCUCCUCAUGUCCUUAUCUCUGGUGCCGGUCUCGCUGGGCUGUUCCUGGGCAUUCUGUUGGAGAGGGCGGGGAUCCCAUACGACAUCUAUGAGCGUGCCGCAGAGAUUAAACCCCUUGGCUCUGUCAUUUGUUUGUCGCCCAAUAUCCUGCCUGCAAUUGAACAACUCGGUCUGCUGGACGAGGUCAUGUCAUUCUCGAAACCGGCGCUCAGGAACACUUUCUACACCGGUGACCUGGACAUAAUUGGCAAGACUGAAACUUUGACGACCGAUCUAGUUGGCUACGAUCGCAUCUUAUUUGCCCGUCCAGAGCUGUACGACUUGCUGGUCAGAAAGACGCCUCCAGAGAGACUCCAUAUGUCCAAGAAGAUCGUUUCCUUUGAACACGACCAGUACGGCGUCACUGUGAAGUUUGGAGACAGCACGUCGGUCAGGGGUGACAUCCUUGUUGGAGCGGAUGGUGCCCAUAGCGCUGUCCGCAAGCACCUGUACAAGACGCUGGAGAAACGUGGACUUUUACCCGAGUCAGAUAACAAGGAGAUGAACAGGGGGUACAUAUCCUUGGUUGGGACAACGGAGGCAUUAGACCCUGUCAGGUACCCUGGUGUCUUGAAGGAGGAUUCAGAGAGUUUUUACAUCAUUGGCGACAAAAACACACCCUACACCUGGGUGACAUUUGCUGUGCCAGGCAACAAGAUUUGUUGGUGUGUGGUCAUUCAAAUGGGGAUCGUCGAUGUGGCAGAUGAGCAGUUCAAGUCAUCGGAUUGGGUGCCUCAGGAAAACAAGAAGAUGAUGGACGCGAUUCGACACUUCAAGACACCUUACGGCAUCAUUGGUGAUCUUUUCGAUGUUACGCCUAUUGAUCGAGUGUCUAAGGUCUACUUUGAGGACCAGCUGUUCGAGACUUGGAACCAUGGACGAACUGUCUUGAUCGGCGAUGCUGCACAUAAACUUCUUCCAAGCAGUGGUGCUGGCGCAGUAAACGCGAUGCAGGAUGCAGUUCUGCUCGCCAACCACUUGUAUGAUAUCAGACCCACCACUUUCAACAAUAUCACCCAGGCAUUGAGCGAUUACAAGGACGAACGAUAUGAGGCCAUCAAAGAUCAGUACCCACAGUCGUACAUCGCCGCCAAACUCAUCUAUGGACAUACACUUUGGGAAAGAAUCCUCAGACAGGUGGUGUUCAACUGGCUCCCAACAUCCAUGCAGAUGAAGCAGUUGCUCAAGGAUACCGCCUACCGACCCCAAGCCAACUUCUUGCCUCAGGCACCUAAGCGCGGGACCAUGGAUACCAUUCCUCAACAACCGUCCAAGCGUCUUCAGAAGGAGAGGGAGGACGAGACGAGGAACAAGAACGUCGCCGCCCUUUAA